GCGGCAGGAGAAGAAAGGCGAAGCAGCUGUAGGGAAAGGCUCAGCAACAAAUUGAGCCGGCGGAGAAAAGGAGACAGGCGGAGUCGCACAACAAAGCCAAAAGCCAGUUAAGCCUUCCUUGGGCAGCCUCCCUUGCCAAGCUUAAGGAGCCCGGGUAGCACAGGACUGCUGGUGGCCGUGGAAUCUGGGCUUUGUCUUUUGAGGUACCCACCCCUUUUGCAGCAAACAAGUCCCAAUUGCUUGCAGUGGCGAGGAGAAGCACGACUUGACAUUUUCAAGGCACAGAUUGACUCUAAAAAUGUCCUUUGGGAGAGAUAUGGAGCUGGAACACUUUGAUGAGCGUGACAAAGCACAGCGGUACAGCCGGGGGUCACGGGUGAAUGGGCUUCCUAGCCCGACCCAUAGUGCCCAUUGCAGUUUCUAUCGAACCCGCACCCUACAAACCCUCAGCUCUGAGAAGAAAGCCAAAAAAGUCAGUUUCUAUCGCAAUGGGGACCGAUAUUUCAAAGGGAUUGUAUAUGCCAUAUCUCCUGAUCGCUUUAGAUCUUAUGAAGCCUUGCUGGCUGACCUGACCCGAACUUUGUCUGAUAACGUCAAUCUGCCCCAGGGGGUGAGAACCAUCUACACUAUUGAUGGAGCAAAGAAGAUCACCACUUUAGACCAACUUGUGGAAGGAGAGAGCUAUGUGUGUGGUUCAAUAGAGCCUUUUAAGAAGCUGGAAUACACAAAGAAUGUAAAUCCUAAUUGGUCCGUCAAUGUUAAGACCACCUCAGCUGCCCGUUCAGUGCCCUCUCUAGCCACGGCCAAAGGAAGUCCUUCAGAUUCAAAGGAGAACAAGGAUUUCAUUAGACCUAAACUGGUCACAAUCAUCAGGAGUGGUGUGAAGCCACGCAAAGCAGUUCGGAUUCUACUUAACAAAAAAACAGCACAUUCAUUUGAGCAGGUUCUCACUGAUAUUACUGAUGCCAUCAAACUUGAUUCAGGAGUAGUUAAGCGUCUCUACACACUGGAUGGGAAACAGGUGGUGUGCCUUCAGGAUUUUUUUGGUGAGGAUGACAUAUUUAUUGCAUGUGGCCCAGAAAAAUUUCGUUACCAGGAUGACUUCUUGCUAGAUGAAAGUGAAUGUCGUGUAGUGAAAUCUACUUCCUAUACCAAAAUAGCUUCAACACCACGUCGGAGCAUCACCAAGAGCCCAGGUCCAUCCCGACGCAGCAAAUCUCCAGCAUCCACCAGCUCAGUUAAUGGAACGCCUGGAAGUCAGCUUUCUACUCCCCGUUCCGGGAAGUCUCCAAGCCCUUCUCCUACUAGCCCAGGAAGCUUGCGGAAACAGAGGAGCUCUCAGCACAGUGGUUCCUCUACCUCACUAGCCUCUACCAAAGUCUGCAGUUCGAUGGACGAAACCGAUGGGCCUGGUGAAGAAGUGUUGGAUGAAGGCUUCCAGGUUCCAGCCUCAAUAGCAGAGAGAUAUAAAGUUGGUCGGACUAUAGGAGAUGGAAAUUUUGCCAUUGUAAAAGAGUGUAUAGAAAGGUCGACUGGUAGAGAAUAUGCCCUGAAAAUCAUUAAGAAAAGUAAAUGCAGAGGAAAGGAACAUAUGAUUCAGAAUGAAGUUUCUAUUUUAAGACGGGUCAAACAUCCCAACAUUGUUCUCCUGAUUGAAGAAAUGGAUAUGCCCACUGAGUUGUAUCUUGUCAUGGAGCUUGUAAAAGGAGGAGAUCUUUUUGAUGCUAUUACCUCCACAAAUAAGUAUACAGAGAGGGAUGCCAGUGGGAUGCUGUACAAUCUGGCCAGUGCCAUCAAAUACCUUCAUACCUUGAACAUUGUUCACAGGGAUAUCAAACCUGAAAAUCUGCUGGUCUAUGAGCACCAAGAUGGAAGCAAGUCCCUGAAACUGGGAGAUUUUGGUCUGGCCACUAUAGUAGAUGGACCUCUUUACACAGUUUGUGGAACUCCUACCUAUGUGGCUCCAGAAAUCAUUGCAGAAACUGGAUAUGGCCUGAAGGUGGACAUCUGGGCAGCUGGUGUGAUUACUUACAUCCUGCUGUGUGGUUUUCCUCCAUUCCGUGGAAGUGGAGAAGACCAGGAAGUUCUUUUUGAUCAGAUUUUGAUGGGACAAGUAGAGUUUCCAUCUCCAUAUUGGGAUAAUGUAUCUGACUCUGCAAAGGAACUAAUUACUAUGAUGCUUCAGGUAGAUAUAGAACAGCGAUUUUCAGCUUUGCAAGUGCUUGAGCAUCCAUGGGUUAAUGAUGACGGCCUUCCAGAAACUGAGCAUCAGUUGUCAGUAGCUGGGAAGAUAAAGAAACAUUUCAACACAGGCCCUAAACCCAACAGCACAGCUGCUGGAGUUUCCGUUAUAGCAACCACCGCUCUUGAUAAGGAGAGGCAGGUUUUCCGACGAAGACGCAACCCGGAUGUGAGGGGACGUUUUAAGCCACAGCCACCACCUCCUGAACUCAACUCUGAAUCAGAAGACUAUUCACCAAGUUCAUCUGAGACUGUUCGCUCACCCAAUUCACCCUUUUAAUACAUCUCUUCUGUUGAAAGUCUUGACUUAACCCUUUGAGAUUUUGACAACAAUUCUUGAAACCAUGUACAAUUUUUCCAUUUGAUUUUUGUCUGUAUCAGUUCCUUGACAAAGAUGCCAAAAAGGAGUUUUAUGGUAUCUUUAUUACAAUUGUUUCCUAUAUGAUUGAGAUGGUAUUUGUUUUCUGUCUAGACUAGCCUUCUGCAGCCUGACACCCACAAAUGUGGUGGGACUGUCCUUCCAGAAUUUCCAAGCAUUCCUAUUUCACAUUUGAAGAGUACCAGAUUGGGGAAGCCUAGUCUAGAUUGUGAUUUGCUGCUAAUAUGAUCCUCAAAGGGUUAAGGCUAUUUUGAGAUAUACAGUACAUAUAAAUAUAAAUAUAUAUAUAAUUUUCAAAUGGGGAUAACAGCAAUGAAUGUUUUCAUCAAUUGAGGUAGGAGCUAUUAUGCGUAAUUUAGCAUAAAUUAACCCUCUGAGUGCUUAAUUUUAAUUUUGUCAAGCUAAAAUGAGGGCUUUAUCGACAUUUAUUUUUCCCUACAGGUACUUAGUAAUCUGAUUUAAGUGUUCCAUAAUCAUAAAAUGCACACUAUGAUCUUUAUAGAACUUGCUUUAUGUUCUUAUGCAGGGGGACAAAAAAAACCCCACUUAAUAAACAUGGACAUUGGUUAGAAUCUUGUGGAUUAUUUUAAAGGUCAAGAAGAUGAUGUAUCCUAUCUGGAUUCCAAAAAAUAUCGAUGGCUCCUAAAUUUUGCUAAGAAAUAUGCAUCCCAUUCUUUACUGUUUCUUAUUCAAAAUUCUAACAGUCUUAACAUGUGUUCUACUUCUUUAAAUCAUUUCAUAGACAGUAGAAUUGUCUGAAAUCAAACUAUUGUGGGUGAUAUGGCAAUAAUCUCAAAAAUAUUGCCUUCAGUCCCCCAUUUGUACAUUGAAAUGCAGUUUCUGGAGGUGUAGUCGAAAGAAUGUGCUAUGCUCACAUGUGCAGGUGCAGACAAAAGACACGUUUAGGAGGCAGCAAUAAACACAAUCAAUUUUACAUACUAUGGAUUCUUCUGUGAAUAUUAUUGAGAUGUUAACUAUAUGCUUAUUCUCUUUUCACAAUGCUUUGAAAGAAGAACAAUUCAUUCUACUGAAACUGUAAAUCAAGGAAAGGUCUUGAAAUUCCAAACAUAAAUAACUGUUGUUUUGAAAAUUACAUGAUUAGCAAUUACUCACCUAAUGUGUUUGUAAAAAUAUAUUUACCAGAAUUUAGUGAGACUGUGUGUGUAUGAGACUGGGAUUAAAAAAUAAAUCUGCAAAGAAAUGUUCCAUCAGUGUUUCAAAAACACAUUUAAAUUACAUUAAGCAUCUUUUUAUAGUUUUGUUUUAAAUUGUAAUAUUAUUGUAAAAUGGUCCAUUCACCCAUAACUUGAGUUGAAUAAUAAAAAAAGUUUCAUUUUUCA